CACAAUACUCUUAAUGAUAUGCAAAGACUGAUAAAGGUAUAAUAGGCCGGAAAUGCGUUAGGAGAAGCUGUCACGUGCCUAAUAGAAUGGGAGGAUUGUUAUAAAUAAGGCAGCAUGGUUAGAACACUCCCUUCUUACUCAGUUACACUGGCAGUGUAAGGUUCAGCUUUGUGAUUUCUUCGUACGAUCCCGCGAAUUUCUUUUUCUACGUUGGGAGAAUGGAUAACGAGCCGGAGAUACAAUACGUGGCGCCCGUGAAUCAACAACAAGAGCAAGCUGUACAACAGGAACCUCAACAAGCCGGGGAUAAUCCUGCAGCGGCACCCGUUCGAAAUGACGAUCAACAACAUGAAUUGGAGAGAUUACGACAGGAUUUGGCCAAGUUGCAACAGUCGAUCAAUGACCUAUCUGCCUUGUCGGUUCCCGUAUUAUCCAAGAAAGCUCUGGACUAUGCCAUGCGCCCUGCUUCUGAGUUUAACAAGUAUGACGCUUUGGAAAUUCUUGACACGCUACAAAACUCUGCGAGGGAUAGUAAACAUGAGCGGGCCGAAUAUUUCAGACUGGCCUUCCAGAUGGCUAGAUCCAAGAUUGACUUCCCGCAUCAACACUUCCAAUCCCUUGUUUUACGACUUCUUGGUGAUAAGGACCAGCAGAAGGUUUUUGAUGCACUCACCAAGGUCGAGAAAUCUAUGCUCAAAAUACCGGCCACAUCACGGACGUCCUAUGCUCGGGGCAACGCUGCUCCUUAUAGGGUGUCUCCUAGGGAAAGCACAACCAGGAACAUCCGCUGUUUUCAUUGCAAUAAAUAUGGACAUGUCUGGUCGAAAUGUAUGAUGAGAAAAUCUGAGUUAACUCAGUCUAUAUCCACUCAGAACACGCCGGAAAGACAGCCAAAAUAGACGCGCCUAUGUUUAGUAAGGCACCGUUUGGUGUAUACUUGCUGUUGUUUCCUAUGUUUGAAUGAACUGUUCAGGAUAUUUAUUGUAUGUUGUGUGAAUAAAUUCUUCUAAUAUUUAUGAUGU